CAGUCUAAAUAUAGAUUAUUCCUCAAUUGGAAAUAUUAAAACCCAUAACAGUAUGUUUCACAAGUCCCUUGUUAUAUGAUACUGAAUGACAGAAACGUGCAAAUCCUAAAUCUUCUCAUCCAAUUUUAAGUGUAAUCGCACGCAAAACUACCACAACCACCUAUGUCAGAGCGCACUUGUGGGGGGAGGGGAUGAUGAUAUCUAUAAGAGAGCUGGUUAGCAGAGGAUGACCACAAAUCAUUCACAAUCAACUUGGUGACAAGAGUUUAUCAGGAAAUAUCCUAUACUGUUCAGGAAUUACUUCAAGAGAUAGAUAUAAAUAUGAACUUUAAUGACCUUUUCGCAGACCGGGACAUUUUCAAAGAGGUGAAUGGAAGCGUACACUCUUCGUCCGGACUUGAGCGGAGCGUUCCGGAGGGUCACAGGAAGAGAAAGAGGACCAUCUUCAGUCGCGCUCAACUUACAGAGUUGGAAAAAGCGUUCGCUAUGACGCCGUAUCCCGACAUCACUCUGCGAGAAAGACUGGCCGCGUUGACGCGCUUACCGGAAAGCAAGAUACAGGUUUGGUUCCAAAACAGACGUGCCCGCAGCAUUAAAAGUACCAAACCAACUAAGAGAGGACAAAGCAGUGGUAUCUCUGUGAGUUGUACCUCAGAUUCUCCUUUUCUAUGUAACACCUUUAGUUCCUCAAACAAUCAUGAUAUAUCUAGACCACAUCAAAGUCAUAUUGGAGGACAGCAAAACCACACGGACUGGGUCAAACUUCACAGCACUCCCUUGGUCCAAGAGGUUUACACCAGGGCACCAAACUUUCCAGAAAUGCUGGCUUGGGAGAAUGACCAUAACAGCAUGCACCUGGAAUCUUUUGGAGUUUCCGGAUGCAACAGCAACCAAAGCCAUUCAUCCUUGAUAAGUGCAAAUGGAUUCUCACAGCCCUGCACUAUCACCCCAGGAUAUUGGCACCACAAGGCACACUCUGUGCCCAAGUCAAAGGUCAGAUAUGCUCACAUUCCAGAGGACCAGACUGUUCCUCCACAUCCACAGCAAGCAUAUUGGGAUGAGAGCAAGGGACAGGGACAUCUUCUUGUGGGCACCCAAACCUCCAUGGGAUACAUCUCUGACUUGAUCUAUAAUGCAGCUGUUGUAACUAACUUUAUGGAGUUCUAGUAUCUUUUACUGACAUUGUACAUAUAUUUAGUUUGUUAAAGACUUGUGCAUCACCUGUGUUGUAUCCAGAUCUCAUCCUAUCCUAACCAAUCAUCGGCAUGUUUGUGUUACAUGGUGUGAGGCUCUCAAACAUGCUCACAUAUAUGUCAGAGGAGUUUGCAUGCAUGUAAUUUUUUUGUCUCACUUAAUUCAUGUCAUGCCAAAGGCUAGAGGUAGAGUUCUUCCAUGAUAUCCGGAUUAGAAUUUUUUUGUCUUUGCAGAUAUCUGGCAUGACCGAAAUGAUUAUUUUUCAGAGUAAAAAUAUUUUCCCAUGAAUGCCAAUGGUCAGACAAAUAAGAAAUAAAUUAAAAAUAUCCAAAGCUCAAGGACUAUCAGCUUACCGUCUCUUUAAUUCAAGCCGGAUUUAAAGUCUCCUGUGCUGUAAUACAGUAGAGGUAUGACCAGUGUCUCAUGGCUCACUGCCUGCUGGACAGUGAUCCAUGCAUAUCAUAAUCAUCUCUAAAACCAAAUAAUCUUUCAAUCAAUUCUUAAUCCGGGUGUCAAAUCUCAGUUCUUUGAGAGACUUUUUUUUUAUAUCCCAGAUGUAGUUACAUCUUUUAAUCUACCACUGAUAUUAGAGAACUACUUGUUAUUUAUUGAUAUAUAAAAAAAGAUUAAAAUGACUCAGAUUAGGUGGGGGCACAAUGUCAGAUCCCUACUUAAGGGUUGUAUUAAAUACAAAUCAUGGCAAGGGACACCUGUUGUCAGAAAAAUCAUUUGAUAGCUAUUUUCCCUCUACAUGUUGUUAGUUGAAUGUUGUUGCUGCUUGUCACCCAAAUCCAUCUGCAAGUAAAACCUUUCAAACCAGAUUAGCACCAUUCAGCAGCUCACAACAAUUACUGACACAUCUGGUAUGG